AUGCCUUACACCGAGAAACCUCAAAUGCUAGAAAGUGAAGAAUUUAUCGAUUGGAAGAUUCGGAUGCAUCUGUAUUUGACCAGAAUGGAUGAUGAAAUGAUGUUCGUCCUAUCCGAAUGUCCGAUAAAGAUCAACAAGGAAAUAAGUGAAUGGACAGCGGAUGACCGAAGGAGGAACAACCUGGACAAUCUCUGCAGGUGUGCUAUAUACAAAACGUUGGAUAUAAAUACCUUUGCAAAAAUCAGAGAAUGUUCCACCGCUAAAGAAGUGUGGAAGACAAUUAUUCAACUUCAUGAAGGGAAUGAGAGAAUUAGAGAGAACAAGAUAUUGGUGGCCACUCAGAAGUUUGAAAACAUUAAGAUGCGUCCCGGGAAAACUAUGAAGGAAUUUGGUGACCGAUUCACAAGUGUGGUAAAUGAACUCUCACUCCUUGAAAAGAAAUAUGACAACAAAGAAACAAUCAUCAAGGACCUAAGCUCACUUCCAUGCGCAUGA